AAUGAAGAACCCUUUACUUUUCAUCUACAGUACAAACAUUCUGGUACGUUUGCUAACCGUAAAUAUGAAGAACUGUCUUGCCCCAAAAAAUCAGAAAAUGCGCGACCCCAUUCUAGUAACUCUCUUGAAAAUGCGACCCCAUUAUAGUCAAUCAACUCGAGAAAGUGCGACCCCAUCCAGCAGGACAUCCCCAUUAGCCUCUUAUAAGGAAGUAACAGCCCCCGCCUCCCCCCCGCCCCCCAGGCUGCCAUGCACAACUAGAAGGACGAGUGAGUAAUUUUUAGACCACACCAUCUUCAUAGAUUAUCUUUCGACACUACGCAAUUUAUAACGACCUCACUGACCUCACUAUUUGCUGGAAUAUCUGACUGAUCACUUAGUUGAGCCUCUAGAUCGCUCGCCAUUGUUUCGCGACUGGCACGAAAGUGGCGGUAAGAUUGGUAAGGAGGUUAACCAAGCUGACUAUGUUCACGUAUCAUUGGAUAAAAAACUUAAUGUCGUUACUCAUAUGAAGUAUUAACUGAAAUUACAAGCCAUACGAUUUGUCUGGACAGUUUGCGCAAUAUACGAACCCCGACUGUGCAACUAUAGGAAGACAAGCAGGUCACGCAGGCUACCUAGGGAGACCUUUUAGGAUUUGUAUCCUCUAGUCAUGAAAAAGAAGCAGAUCACCGCGACACAACGAUUUUUUCACCGACUACCGCGACAUAAAAUUUAAACUCACCGCGCACCGCUUGGACUCUGAAAACCCCAAUACAGUACUUUGAAAUAAAAAUUACCGCAACACCGCACCAAAAAUAACCCAAUACCGCAAACCCUUACGCCCCCCUCCGUUUCAUUUCUUCUGUUCGAGCGUCGAAAGGAGGACUGAUGGUUUCUGUAACGUUCCUUAAAGUUUGUUACCAGUCCGACGUAAGUUUCAGUUGUCGUCGCUGUGGUUACAGUGGCUUAGAAGAUAUACAUUUGAUUGGAGGCAUUUUCCUUCGAGUGGACAAUCUGGUUUCUCUCUGAAAUUGCAGGUGUCAGUUUGUUGCGGGUUAGGGUUGUUGCAGAAUCCUGAAUUCUAGACUUCUACACACUCUACAAUCUUAAAACUGUGAUCAAUCGCCCCUUAAAACUGUGAUAAAGACAUAAUUCAAUAAAUACAUUAAUUGUCUUCAUCAUCAUCACUUGUCUUAUCAUAGCUAUUGUCACUUUCAUCAUUGUCAUCAAUAUAUUCAUCACCACCAUCUUCGAGAAAGCUCGUCAUCACAGACCAGUGGCUUGCUUUAAGCACUAACUUCACGACACUUGCUCCCUGACUACCACUUGUUCCUUUCUUUAACUUUGAUGGGAAUAACUUUUAUUUUGCCUCAAUUUUUGAAGUCCAAAUUUUAAAUGAAGUUGCACUUAGACAGGUGGUGAGAAAACGGGUUAGUUUUUAAGAUCGCAAGAAUGAAAAUACACCAAAAUUUCCUAGUAUCGAAAUGUGAUAUUAAGCAGCAUUCUGACGCUACUUAAGAAUAAUUUGGGUCAUUUAUAACGUUGUUUUAAAUAAUCAAUCACGGCUAUUAAAAGUUUAAGGUUUGAACUAUAUUUUCGUUUUAGUCAAAUUUAAACACACAGAAUUUUUUACUUGUUACGGAGGUUAUUUGCUAAACACCAAACUUUAAGUUCUUAGUGUUGGAUUUUUUUUAGCAGCUGCUCUAGAUCGCGCAAAAUUAGGCGUUUAUCAACUUCAAAGUUCUUUCGUUUAUUGUUGUCAUAGUAAUAUCGAUUCUACUAAAACCUACAUUUUGACAAAUUUCAAUCUAUAGUCAAUCAUUGGUGAAAAUUUUGUAGCGAUCAGACAAGGAUAAAAUCACUUUUAAAGCGAUUGAAAAAAUAUCGCUAUGGCCUCCGAAAAACUAUUAUAUCGAAACACCUUGAAUCUCUAAUAUUUUAAUUUGCUAAUUUCAAAACAGUUCGUAGGGUUUUGAAAAGCCUACGCUUUGUUACUGUUUUUUUGUCUGCUUUUCCUUAAAAAGCAGGGUCUGGUAGGUAGAGCUCUGAUAACGCCAUAAAAAGCGAAGAGUCGCUCCUUCAAUUUCUCAAGUUUUUCUCUUGAUUGCUUACUAGAUCUUAUUACAAAAAUGCCAAGUCUCUAUGCAGAAAUUGAAAUGCUGCAAAGUGAACCCCUCACUUGUAGGUUUUGAAAGGGAAGCAUCUUCUUUAUUAUAUUUCAUACCGAUCGACCGACCCUUCUCCUUCUUGCGUUGCGCCUUGUAUUAUUGUAUUCUUGGUGUUUUGAGGCCGUAAGUUAAACCACGCUUGGUCAUUCAUUUUUCUCGCUCCAAACAGACAACACGUCCUCAUAAGGCAGAUGUGUUACCUCCUGUUUUUAGCCACGGCAUGGAAUCCAGAAUCUAAAACUAUCUUGGAUUCCCUCACAUGUGGCAAAAUGAAUACAAAUCGGCUAUCAAUUUAUACAGUUUUCGUUUUCGUAUAAAUCACGGAAUUAAUUAGAGUUACUGAAUAAAAACAAUUUCAGACCAUUUCGGUUAACGCCUUUAAUUCUUUCGAUUAACUAGAAAUCCAUAAUGAGUUUUAAGUAUGAUGCAUGUACGGUGUUUUAUCUGAGCAACGAAGCCAUUUUAAUAAUAAAUAAUCACGUGCACAAGUGCCCAAAAGUACCUUGCUGUGAUUGUUACAACUGCAUUGUGGUCUGGUCGUGUCAACUUCGACUUUCGUUUCUCCAUUGAUCAUUGACCCGCCACGAUCAAUAGUCGAUUAAAAUGGUUUUGUUACUCCGCCUUUUCAUUCAAACGUUAAUAUUACUUUCAGCCUUUAUCAAAAGUAAGUAAAUUCUCGUUUGUUCAUUGAAGGACGUGUCUUUCAAAAGAAUGUUGUUUACACUGUCGUUCUUUCUAAUUUCAGCUUGUGUAGCGGCCAACGACAUUGCUGUAAAUUUUACUAAAGUACCGAAAAACACUGAGUUUUUCGUUGGUACUGAGGCAAUCCUUCAAUGGGAGUAUUCCAGUGGCUUGCCUGCCGACCCUGUGAGAAAGAUAAAGUUUGGAAUACAGGAAAAUAAAAAUACGGAUGUCGCAAUUUUCGUCAAAGAUGUCUCACAAGGGAAUGUAAAGACUAACACUAAAACUCGAUUAGAUGUGAUAGCUCCGCUGAAUGGCCGCGUGCAUGUUAUUGAAAAUAAAACGGCAACUCUUAGAAUAGCAAACUUAACGCUCAACGACUCCAAAAGGUAUUUCUGUACUCUGGACGUAGACAGCGAUGCGCCAUGGACACGGACAAAAACUCACUAUGUGGACGUAAGAGUGGUGGGUAAGUGGGAUCCUGUAUUAAUAUCUUUAAAAUACAUCCCUCUGACUUAACUUUUUUUUUGAAAAACGAAUAUCGUGCUGGCCGUCGCGUCAGGUAUUUUUUAAAAUACUUUCUUAUGAUUUGAGAAACGCAUUUUAAAACAUAAAAUCGUACGUUUUUUUUAUUGUUUGCUUUUUUCAUUGUAGUUUGAGUUCUGGUUCCGAUAUUUGAUAUUUUGCUUUCGUAGUUUUUACAUAAAAUUGUAAGAUUCAUCACUUUCACUGGCUGGAUCAGGUCUGACCAAUACACGCUGACACAUUUCGUAUUUUUUCAAUACUUUGAGGUUCAUUUAAAAGGGAGUAACUGUGUGUUUUUCAGUUUUGCUUUAAUGAAAGUAUGUGACAGCUAUGAGUUCUUUUCUUCUUUUAUUUGCAAACAAAAUCUCACCUGCACGACCGGCUUUUUUUGGUCAAGUAAUAACGAAGAAAAGACCAAAAUGCAAAUUUUAAAAACUCCCUCACAUUUUGAAAGGACCAUCUUCAUGUUCUCUCCUCUUAUUUUAAUCACCUAAAGGAGUUUUAUUCAACACUGUUGCAUUAAUAUUGAGAAUUCUCUGUCAGAAGUCACUUAAAUAUUCACGUCACGCGGUUUCAUUUGCCACAAUGAAUAUAACUUACCGCAUUGGACAUUUCCAACAUCUUUUCUAGCGGCCGCUGGAAAGGUCAAAGCAUAUCAUUUUAAAUAUUAAAGUGUGUAUGUUUCACAGAGUUUUACACUGAUGCGUAAUCUUAUUUUGAUGCUUGACAAACAAAGUGUAUUCAGUCGAGAUUCGGAUUCAUUUUGUGCGGGAAACUUGGUCAGUUUACAGGAAAUCUUUUUAAAUUGCUGAAUUUCGAAGUUCAAAUACAGUACUAUAAUGUUUAUGCUAUUAUUUGACCGAUUCACCGGAACACUGAAAAGAUCGUACAGCACGCUGAGUUCAGGCAGGGGAUGGAAACGUGACGAUAUUUUUAUUCAGUUGUUGUUUUCCCUAUAGAAGAUUUUUUUUACUUUCGACUUGAACUUGGAGAGAAAUAAUGCUACAAACUAAAACUAUAAUGUCCGUUCUUUCACGACACAGAGAGAAAGAUUGUAAUCGUCAAAACUGGAAACAUAUGGUGGUGCGGUUUAAAUUGAUUAAUGGCCGGUUUUGUCGAUAUGGCUUAUGAUAAUGAAUUGAUUCCGCAAUGUAUUCAUACUUUCAUUUUUAAAAAUAAAUAGCAACAAAAGCCGGGUGAAGCAGGAUUUAGUCUCAUUUUUUUUCACUAUUACAUUUUGGCGUUUCCGGGUCAAUAUUUCCAUCAAUUACUGUUGAUUGUCAGGAGGCCAUCAGACGAAAACCGGGAGAUUGACAAAACUUCCAUUUCCAAAAAAACCAUUUUGCAGAACCUUGCUUUGCAGCAGGUGUUUUAAACCAAUUGACAUUAAUUUAAAUAGACUAUUUCUUUCUCAAGCUCACUACAGCGUAUUAUUGUACUGCAUUGUGAGUUCAUGGAGUCUGAUUGACAGGCCUUUUAAAGCAUGCGCACCUACAUUUUCCUUGGCCUUGCAGUAAAGGAUAAUUCAUUCACUGCAAUACGCAAUACAUCGUGACUUCAGCUGUAGAAUUUUAAGAACUGUAGAUCUUUUUUCAAAUAGCAAGUUGACUUAAAUACAGGGUGUCCAAAAAGUUCGUUCCUCUAAUUUCAUGCACUACAUUUGGUCAAAAUUUUUUUUUCACUUGAAAUUUCUAGAAGAUGUUUAUUUCACUAUCUGGGACAUGUAUUCAGAAUUUCAGUUACUGGCAUGCCCUUUUUGUUUUUUUUAUCACAUUCUGUAGCCGUUGCGGCAUGAAGUAGGAUGUGUUGCCCCACAGAUGAUCCAUUUUGAGCUUUUUUAGCACCUGGUGCGCAGGAGCUAGUUCAAUAAUAUUUAUAUUGGGCAUUCAUCCAAAAAAGAUAAUCAUCCGUCCCACAGCAAGGCUUUUGUACUUCUUUACAAGAAGCGAGCGAGCUGGGGUUACUUGGUAGACUAAGCAGAGUUUUUCUUGGCCAUCUCAGGGGCCUCUAAUUUUUUAAACAUUUUAAACAGCUUUUCAUGACGUUUCUGGACUUAGCUUGCUAACUAUGUGAGAGUUUUCUCUUGGAUACGUCUCCUUUUUUGUAUCUAUCCUUCUUUAAAACUAUUUUACCUGCUUUAUUCAGGACUUUUGUCUUUCCCCUCGUUUCUUGCCUUCAAAACCUUCAUUUCCCCAUGAUCAUUUUACCACCAACAUUUGCAUUUUUCCAGUUUUUUAGCAGUUUCUAUAACAGAUAAGCCAGUAAAUCGAACUCACCCAGCUGCCAAUAAAGUAAAGUUAGCGACUUUUCCCUCUAAUCCUAUUCAUAAAUUCAACAGCCUGUUUUAGUUUAUGUGCUUUUUUUUUCAAAUUUUAGAUCUAAUGAUUGAUGAUCAAAAGUCGACUCGAGUGGUUGAGUCAUGGGAAGGGCAUAAAAUCACUCUUCAGUGCGUUGUGAAGAAGGUACUUCAUGAUGCCCCUGUGAGAUUUUACUGGUUGCAACAAAACCGAACGAUGCCAGGUCCUCAAACUAGCUGGAAAACCCUAGGUCAGGUAUCCCUAGUCACCGUGAACGACCAAGAUUUUGAACCUGUGACGUGCGUGGCGGAAACCGAAGCUACAACACAGCGAAUGGAAAUAAAUAUAAAACGACUGUGUAAGUGCCGUUUCUCUGCGUUCCUGUUUCUAUAAACGAGUUGUCAUGUUACUUCAGGGACGAUUUUGGGAAAAAUUUUGUUUCCUAAAAGAGGUUGUUCAUUUGCAAAGGUUUUGGACUUGCUCAGAGUACUCCCGAGUUCAACUCCUCGACCACUCUUGUAAAGAGCUUGGUUUGCCUCCAGCCAACUGUAAUUCUAAAUCCUAUUAUGUUUUAUUAAAUAAUUUGUUUUAGUCAUUUGCUACUCAGCCAUGUGGCAGCAGCUUCCCCCAGGUUAGAGACUCAAAACUUUUCCCAAACACGAGCACUUCCAAAAAUAUUGAAGCCUAGCUAGAACAGGCAAAUUAACUCUUAAGCUGCGAAACGUUUCUCAUGCAAUUAGCGGACGGUAUUUCCUUGCCCUGAAGAUGACCUAGUGUCGAAAACAUUUGAAUUUUCUUAUUCUUGUAAAUAUACUUGGAGUUUUGAAAACCGGGUUAGCAAAAAAAUCAACUCAUUCUACUACUUGGAAAUUUAAAACAUUUCUUUCAUUGAAAGAACGUCUAAUAGCCUUUAUUUGACGCCAGGUAGUAAGUUAGUGGUCCCUAGUAGCAUUUAACUGAAUCUAAAUAACUUGAAGUGACGCAAAUCUUAGAACAUUUCCGUAAUCUGACUCCCUUGGAGUUUCAAACCGGUUUCAUUUCAGUCAAGAAAUUUUUAAGUUGAGUGAAAUACAGUCAAAAAGUGCCUGGUUAAAGCUUAUGUAACAACUUAAAAGCUACUUAAAUACUACUAUUUUCUCCGGCCAAUAAAUGACAGGAUGUUGCAUGGAAUAGACAACAAACAUUGAAAAUGCCUAGUACACAAUUUAUCGAUCACCUUCUGAUCUUAGUUCUGCCUGUCAACACCAUCCGGAAAUCACACAAUCAUACACUUCCGUGGCGAUGAUAAGACUAUCCACAACUUCACAUAAUCUUUUCAUGUUUAACACAGGCCAAAUAUCAUAAAAUAGUUCGGAAAACGUAGGUUUUUUGCAGAAAAACACCACUACAAACUUAUCUUACAAUCGUCUUAUUCAAGUUCCCGGAUGUACGGUCACACGGUUGAAUACGGUACGAUAUUGGACGAUGCAGACUCUGCGAAUCAUGUUAACUUUGUCCCAUCUCAGAGCUUUAGAUGAUGCUCUCCGGGAAACUUUUCUCCAGGUGACUCGAACAACGAAAUAUAAACCGCUAAGCGGCACCGAAACCAGCUUUAGGUGCGCACUGAUUUCCAAUAAGUGUCACUUGUGUUAGAGAGAGAAUUGUGGGCAGGGACGAAAAAAGAUCAAAGAGGGAGGGAGGAAGAUUAGAUAGAAAUUCCCGAAAUUCUGUCUUAAGUCAGUUCUGCAAAAAUCCCUAACCACGAAACAACUAAGAAAAGUUACGACGUAAAGAAACAACACAGUAAACAAGCUAAGACUGGUGAAGUUCAGAUAAAUUACAAAAUGUUUCAUAAAUCCAGGUAGAAAUAACGCAACGACAACAUGUAUAAUUUAUAAGUGCAGAACACACUUGAAAAUUACAUUUAAUUUGUAAAAGUUUUAUUACACGAAUAUUACAUUGACGACAGGUCCUGAAAAAUCAAAUUCCAGUUCAAAAUGUAUUACUUUUCGUUUAGCAAAAUGAACAUGAAUAUCGUGUUGUUAUUGUUAUUGUGUAAGUACUGGGUACCGUGGGCAAGAUUCCUUUAAAAGUCGGUAUUAAUCAACGCGUGUACGACCUACAUGAAGAGGCACUCGGAGAGUUGAAACAGUAAGGACAGAUGGGCAGUGUCGGUGAGGAGAGCGAUUCAAACGUUUCGAGUGCUACAAUCUCAGUCAAAAUUGUUGAGACACUUUACUGUCUUCUUACUCUCCCAAUGUCGGUGUACAGGAUUUGGUGAGUUAAGUGCAAUAAACAACUUGGGAGAACGAGGGGACGGGCCAGAAGUGAAAAGAUGUAAAAAAACAGCGUUUGGUGGAAGUGUCCCAAAUAUUUUUGCCUGAGACUGUAGCCCUUUGUCAGGGCGAAUCAACACGGUUGAGAGUUGUGUGUGAUUUAAUUAUACCGUACUGGAGCUAUGGAAGGAACGUGAUAACAUCAAAAACGACGGAAUAGUUUAAUAAAAAGGGUGCGUUGAUUCCGAGAAGAUCAAGGGCGCGUUAAAUUGUGGAUUACGCGUAGCGUAAGGAACAAGUUAACGGAAGGCACAGCGGUAUGCAAAUGUGUCACACACCUUUCGUAAAUCAGUCUGCUCCACACGAGCGCGCCCAAUAUCAAAACCACAACUGUCGUAGAUCGUUCCCGUUCUGCGAUGUGCUGAUUUUGUACAUUUCAAAGGAGUCACAGGACGAUUCAUGUUGACUUUGAAUGUUUAUAAAUAAGCACUAUGGCUAACUUUGAGGCAGAAGUUUAUGAACUUUUGAAGCUUUUUUGACUCGUCCAAGCGAUAAACAUGACGAAACGUUUUCGACUCUCAAGCUGGUCCAAGCUCACGAUUCUGCCGUGAGUCUCAUGAUUUUUUAGCUUUUCUCACGAUAAGACUCCCAAUCUCAUGGUUUUUAGUGAAAAAUAAUUCUGAAAUGAAAUGUUACUUUGUACAAUAAAAAAAGGAAAUGUUUACUGUUGCUCAAUCGUAAUUGAUUCUCCUCAAGUAAACACUGGGAAUCGCAAUCUGCAAGAGACUUUGCGACGGUUUUGCGAGACACUUGUCGGCCAUAUGUACUUCAAAUGCGACGAAAUGAGUUAAGGUACGGUUUUAACUGUCAAAACCAUGCUUGUUUUCCUCGAAUAUAUCUUUCAAUUCUUCAUCAGUAUAGCUCUACCGCCUUCAAACAGCGUCGACUGCCAGAUUUUCAUGAUCAAAAGAGUUAAGGAUGAUUAAUUUAACGGUCGCCUUCACUAUUAAUAGUCGUGGCGCAACGGAUAACGCGUUGACCCUCUACGUCGGACUCUCUUCCUUUUUUUUGGUCCUUUUGUUUUUUUGUUUUUUCGUAAAACAUACUUCCAUUUUUUGACAGACUUAAAAUAUACCGGUAGACUAAUUGCAGGUUCAUUAUCAGCUUUCAUUUCUAAAAUACAGUAAUUAAUAAUCCACAGGUUAGCCUUAGGCACCCUUUGAUUUAUUAUUGCAGUUUUCUGUGUUGCCCCAUGCGGGGGGAACCCCAGAUUGCUAUUUGUUUACUAGAAUAAAAAAAGUCAAGCUAAUGGUUUCGACGGGUUAAAGCCCAUCCUAUGACCAACACAGCAGUCCACCAUUACAAGGUCAACCCAAUCCCAGAGCCACCCAGGUAUUCUUAACACAUAUUUAAUCCCAUUCCCCUCUACUAGCCUGGAAAUACUUAAUGAGGCUGCUCCUUAGACCCAAGGUCCCCAUUCGCCUGAUAUGAACCUGUUUCUUACAUAAAAUUUAAGGGGGGAGAGGCAUGAUGGAACUGUGUGGAAUUUUUUUGAGUUUGGAAACUGAGGGGGCGUUUACAAAAGCGAAAAUCGUCCUUUCGUGAAACACCGGAGCAUCAUUUCCUAGCAAAAACUUCGGUAAAAAUCGUUACCCUGACCAGGCAUUCGACCGUUUCCAGAAAUUUGGAAAAGUUUCAUUUCAUCGACGAAAUUUGAUGGUUGCUAGACGACAGAUCUUUUUAGACCCUUUAAUUUAAAAUGCGUUGUUAAAAUUAAAAUCGUUUGGCUUAUAAUCACUACGUCUUAGCCCCUUUACACCAUCGUAAUUGCUACUCUUACCACUGUUCUGAGAACUGAGCAAAAACCGAUAAAAUCGAAUAAUUUGCAAAUGAUCAUUACUGACACCGAUAUUCUACUGUACUGUGCAUAUAGAUAAACCGUUAGAACCAGUCAACCUCACAGUGCAAGAGAUUCAACGUAAUGAUACGGAGUGCAAGCUGUAUAACAAGAUUACUUGGGAGCCCCCUCAGGAUGAUGGCGGGAUUCCGUUAACAGGAUACUUGUUGGAGUUUAAACAUCCUGUCGUCAACAGCAUUUCACACAGCAGGAUCAACAUUAACACAACAGAGCACAUGGUAUGCAAGCUGCAGAUCAGCGGUCACCCCCGAGAGCUGAAGGUAGACGUGAGAGGAAUCAACAAAGCUGGCCACGGAUUCAGAUCAAACAGCAUUAAAGUUUUUUUCUUCAGU